AUGGGUGCCUGUGGGGGAUGGGGGGCCUGCAGGCUGACGGCCGCCAUGGACCAGGACUAUGAGCGGCGCCUCCUCCGGCAGAUCGUCAUCCAGAACGAGAACACGAUGCCGAGCGUUGCAGAGAUGCGGCGAACCCUGACACCCGCCAACUCCCCUGUGUCCUCCCCCAGCAAGCACGGGGACCGCUUCAUCCCCUCGAGAGCUGGCGCCAACUGGAGCGUGAAUUUCCACAGGAUCAACGAAAAUGAGAAAUCUCCCAGCCAAAACCGGAAAGCCAAGGACGCCACCUCGGACAACGGCAAAGACGGCCUGGCCUACUCGGCUCUGCUGAAGAACGAACUGCUCGGUGCCGGCAUCGAGAAGGUGCAGGACCCGCAGACGGAGGACCGCAGGCUGCAGCCCUCCACGCCUGAGAGGAAGGGCCUCUUCACGUAUUCCCUCAGCACCAAGCGCUCCAGCCCCGACGAUGGCAAUGACGUGUCUCCCUACUCCCUGUCCCCCGUCAGCAACAAAAGUCAGAAGUUACUGCGGUCACCACGGAAACCCACCCGCAAGAUCUCCAAGAUCCCCUUCAAGGUCCUGGACGCGCCUGAGCUGCAGGACGACUUCUACCUGAACCUGGUGGACUGGUCAUCCCUCAAUGUACUCAGCGUGGGGCUGGGGACCUGCGUUUACCUGUGGAGCGCCUGCACCAGCCAGGUGACCCGGCUCUGUGACCUCUCCGUGGAAGGGGACUCGGUGACCUCCGUUGGCUGGUCUGAGAGGGGGAACCUGGUGGCCGUCGGCACACACAAGGGCUUCGUGCAGAUCUGGGAUGCGGCCGCAGGGAAGAAACUGUCCAUGCUGGAAGGCCACACAGCGCGUGUCGGGGCGCUGGCCUGGAAUGCCGACCAGCUCUCGUCUGGGAGCCGGGACCGCAUGAUCCUGCAGAGGGACAUCCGCACGCCGCCCUUGCAGUCAGAGCGGCGGCUGCAGGGCCACCGGCAGGAGGUGUGUGGGCUCAAGUGGUCCACGGACCACCAGCUGCUCGCCUCAGGGGGCAACGACAACAAGCUGCUGGUCUGGAACCACUCAAGCCUGAGCCCCGUGCAGCAGUACACAGAGCACCUGGCGGCCGUGAAGGCCAUUGCCUGGUCCCCGCACCAGCACGGGCUGCUGGCAUCCGGCGGCGGCACAGCUGACCGCUGCAUCCGCUUCUGGAACACUCUCACGGGGCAGCCGCUGCAGUGCAUCGACACCGGCUCCCAGGUGUGCAACCUCGCCUGGUCCAAGCACGCCAAUGAGCUGGUGAGCACGCACGGCUACUCGCAGAACCAGAUCCUCGUCUGGAAAUACCCAUCCCUGACACAGGUGGCCAAGCUGACUGGGCACUCCUACCGGGUUCUCUACCUGGCCAUGUCCCCUGACGGAGAGGCCAUAGUCACUGGUGCUGGAGAUGAAACCCUGAGGUUCUGGAAUGUCUUUAGCAAAACCCGUUCGACAAAGGUAAAGUGGGAAUCCGUGUCCGUCCUCAACCUCUUCACCAGGAUCCGGUAA